UGUAUCGCAGAUAAUUAAACGAGCGCACGUGUGUUCGCUAAAACGGUUGGAUAGUUCGAAGAAUUCAAAAAAAGAAAUUCUUUUAACUCUUCAUUUUUAAAUUUUUUCUUCUUCCGAAUUUUAACUCCGAACCACUUUAAAAGUUAGUUCAUUGUAAAUUUUGUUCUAAUUUGUUAAAAUCUGAAAUCGUAUAUGAAUUUAAUCGGUAAUUUACUAAGCACGAAUUAGAAUUUUAUGCAAAAUCUACUCUAAAAAUUUUUAAAUUUUAAAAAUUAAAAAUUUCUGAUAUCCAUACAAAAAUCACCAUCAUAUUUUUAGUCAACCAUUUUCUAGAAUCACCUUUUCAUUAAAUAGCGAUCUAAAUCAUUUGUGAGAUAAAAAGUGUUGAGCCAUGUUUCCCGAACGUCUUAACUUGUAUCCUUAAGAGUAUCGUAAAGGGUGAAAAUGGACAUUUCCUCAUGCCCUCUGUGCAGGAAUGCUUAACCACUGAUUCCCUUAUGGUGCAAGAAAUGAGCCACUUCUCUACCCAGUCCUUAUCCUACGAUUCUCCAUACCUACUACCACACUUCAAGAACGACCAGUUGCCUGAUGCAUGGCACACAUCCGUGAGCAAUCCUCACCAGAACUUUGACGAUCUCUCACAUGAGAUCGCCGGGACAUUCGACAAUAGUGUGCCGCCUACCUCUCUGCCGGAUGCUACUGUCGCUUCCUCGGCAAGUGGGACUCGCAAGAAAUCGCGUACAAAAAGCGGCGGUUCGAAAAGCAGCUACAAACACGUGCCUCACCGGGAGAAACCACCACACCUGGUGGCUAGGAGGAAUGCAAGGGAGAGGCGGAGGGUGCAAGCGGUCAACACGGCCUUCUCACGGUUGAGGAGAAGCGUGCCGGCAGAAAAUAAGAAUAAGAGACUGUCUAAGGUCAAGACCCUGCACAGGGCCAUCGAGUAUAUUCAGAUGCUCCAGGACAUGCUGUCCAAGGCCGACGAAGACCUAGGAUCGGACGAAUUGUGUCUGGCAUCCGUGGGAGCGGACUCGCUCAACAAGGAAAAUGAGCUCCAUCAAAGGUGGUUACAGUUACCCACGAGCUGGACAGAUGAUAACCAGAAUAGUUGCCUCUCAUUCUACGACGAUUUCGGCGAUGGCAUAUAAAACAACUAAACCUACAAACAAAGCACAGCAAGCAUAUCAAGAAUUGCAAGUGGAACUUCUCUGCUCACAGAAGUUACUGCAGAUGAAUUCACGCACGCUAGAGCUUCAUUAUAAUCGUUGAUAAUCGUGAACGCUCACUGAAGCACCUGCAUGUAAUGGAGACAGUUGCUCCUAGUUUGGGGCGUUCAGCGUGGCUGUUUAAAUUUUGUGCAUCUUAGAAAAACUCUGCAAAAUGUGUGGAAUAGUAUAGGUUCAUUAAUCAUUGAAGAUAUUAUUGCAAUUAAUUGCCUUGAUACAUUGAAAUGUGUAGGUGUAAUAAUGAAAGACAUGAGAAAAGAACUCUCUGUUCACCAAGAAAGCUAGCACAGAUAUGAAGUCUGCUCCUUUUUUCCCCAUGGAAAUUGACUUUAUUAUGCUUUUAAUAGUUUCUAUAUUGCCAAAUUUUCAUCAAAUGGACGCUUUGAUUGUAAGAUUUGAAGGAGUUUUGUCCUUAAAGAAGAUCUCUGAGAGAGACAAUAUUAUUCGAAGGAUGUUUCAAGUUUAUAAGAUCGAUUUUCGCAUUUGGCAACCACUUUUGGCUUUGAUACUUGGCAAAUCAAUUUCGUUUUUCUCUGCCAACUGAACAAACAUUAAAACUUAAGUGUUUAAUAUAUUGAAUUUGAAGAAUGCUCAGCAUGGAACCAAGAAAAGACGCCGAAUUUCUAAACUGAUAACAUGAUUUUAAAAUAUUCCACAAUCAGUAUUAUCAAUUGCAUUUUUUAAUGAAUGUUUAAAGGUUUAAUUAACUUUUGUCUUUGUUAUAAGAGCAGCAAAAUUCACAUGCAUAAAUAUUCUAGAUUUUUAAACCUUAAUUUACUUAUAAACUAUAUUUCAUUUCAUACAUUUGUUUUAUAAACUAUAGUACCUUUCACAAUUUAUAAAAAAAAUUUGUCAGUUUCUUAUUAAUUCUGUUUUAUUUCUAUCUGAAUUCUAUACCGCUAGAAUAUACAGAAAAAGAAUGAAAUAAGCUUUACAGAAACUUUAGUUCCCAGAUGUUAUUCUU